AUGAAUGUAGAUGAUUUCAAACCAGCAUCAGUUGAUACGUCACAAGCAGGAAGUCUUGAUGUUGGCAAAGGAGGUGAAGUAAACGUCUCACUCCCUAAUACACAGGUAUUAUGUUUUCACUCUUUCAAUUUACUCUUAUUCCACCCUGUUUGUGGUAACUCUGUACUAGGGAAUUACUUGGACAAAAAAACAGUAAACGUGGGUAUAUACUAGCAAUUAAUGCACCAAAAACACUUUGAUGUUUCGAGCAUGGCCAGUUUUUGAAGGGAGAUUGGUUGCACCUCCCCUAACAAUUUUGUCACUUUUCAUUUCUAUUAAUUUUGUAACCAUCAUCAUACAAUCAAAAUUCAUAAAAUAUUAGGACACUUAUAUACAUUAUUAUCUACAGUACAUUACAUGCUCCUCAAAUUUUUAGUAUUACGGUUGUGGCACAUACCGGUACAGUAUUUGAGGGCACCGCGGUACUUUCUAUGUCAUAACAAGAAAUAUUAGCAACAAAAUAUACUAUAGAAACACUGAAAUGCAGGAGAAAAAGUACCCUAAGCUUGUUAAAAGUUGCAUCUUCGUACACUGUUUGCCUUCUGCAGUUGGGCGUCACCAAGAAUUUUUCAGACAGUGCUUCAAUUAAAUGUGUUAUGUUUGACUUAAUAAUUUUGCCCUCAGAUGCAGUGCUCAAUCAGGGGCAGCGCUUGAAAAUGUCAAAGUGUUUUUAAUAUAUAAAGUUUUAUUUUCCACCUGAUACUGAAACCCCAAGGGUUUCAAUAUAUUUGAAUGAAUCCUGAUCAAUUGCCAUGAAUCUGGAUAAAUUCUUAAAAAUACCUUUCUACCUGGUUUCCUGUUCUGGUUAAUUACCUUGGCUGUGUUACUAUAUAAAACUUCCCAAUCAUAUGAUUGUGUUUGAUAGGACUCAGGCACCACUGUGUACAGAGGAUCUAAGAAACCUUGUCCAAAAGAAUGUGUUCUGGUUGUUGACAGAGGGAAGAGAGUAAGGAGAGACUUGUGUAUUGUUGAAAGUGAAUUGUUCAUUUUUUAACUAAUAUAUAAUUAUACUGUAUAAUUAUACACGUUUUGGUAAAUCAUGAAUCUUACUUUUUAGACUAUAACAUUAGAACGGCUGGCUAGCACGGUCCAGCUAAAGAAAAUAAGGUAUAUAUUUGGUUAA